AUGAAAGUCGACUAUCUACAGAACAUGCCUUCAUCAGACGCAACCAGAAGCUACACCUUCACCAGCAAUGAGGGGAAGCGCUGUGUGGCAUGGAGACGCUACGAUGGGUCUAUGUAUUUCACCGCUGAGCCUGAAGAGCUGGUUGACCCGGUCGUCAAAGCCAUUAAGGGUGGUGCUGUGGGUGCUCUGACGGAGAUGGUGAAGACUGGGAGAAACCUGACGGAGAGGAAUAAGUUGGGGUGGCUGCCUCUGCACGAGGCUGCAACCCAUGGGAAGAAGGAAUGCCUUGAUAUCUUACUGGAAGCCCAUCCUGAGGUGAUUAACAGGCGCACAAUGAAGGACCAGACUCCUCUCUUCCUAGCUGUGGUGGCUGAACAUGUGUCCUGCGUUCAGUGCCUGCUGGAGAAAGGAGCUAACCCCGUCCUCGCUGACAAGGACAGGGAAACCCCUCUAUAUAAAGCUUGCGAGGGAGAGAAUGUUGAGAUGGUGGCAAUGCUUUUGGGCUUUGGGGCCGGGGUGAACAAGCAUUGUAUUCAGGGCUGGACCGCCCUCCACGAGGCUGUGAUCCGCAACAACAUGGAGAUAUGUGAGCUGCUGAUGAGGGCGGGGGCCAAGCUCAGUCCAGUCAACAUGUAUGGUAUCACUCCCCUGUUCGCUGCAGCCCAGACUGGACAUGCUGAAGUCCUGAACUUCCUCAUCACCAACGGUGCAGACGUUAACAGCCAGGCAAACGAUGGGGCCACACCGCUCUAUGAAGCCUGUAAGAACGGACAUGGGGAGAUCGUGGAGCUCCUGCUGUCUCAGAAAGCAGAUGCCAACAAACCCACCAAAGCUGGACUUCUGCCCAUUCAUAUCGCUGCCCAACGUGGAUAUGAUGAGAUCGUGUCCAGACUGAUCCAAGUCACCAGCAAGUUCAGAGUGCGACGCAGUGGCAUCAGUCCCCUCCAUCUUGCCGCCGAACACAACAAAGACAACACCCUGGAGGUUCUGAUCGAGGCAGACUUCGACGUCAAUGCCAAGCUGUCCACCGACCGCUCUUCCAUAUACCAGGAUCGACGAACCACUGCACUCUAUUUCGCAGUCACCAACAGCAACGUUGAUGCUGCCGCCAUGCUUCUUGAGGCCGGCGCAAACCCAAACCUGGACAUCUUCAACCCGCUACUGGUGGCUGUGAAGCAGGGUUGUGUCCAAAUGGUGUGCUUACUGGUGGAGCACAGGGCAGACGUCAAUGUUAAAAUCCCAACUCACCCCACCUCGUUCCCGGCAAGUGUCAUGUUCUGUAUGAAGUAUCUAUCUCUGCUCAAGUACCUCAUGGACAAUGGCUGUGACGCCCUAUCCUGUUUCAAGUGUGAGCAUGGCACCAAACCACACCCACCGAUGAGGAAUGUAUACAAGGAUGACCUAGGUCUCUGCCAUGAGGAGCCCGGUGUGCAGUUCUGUGACAUUAUCUCCAGUCCCUCAAUACGUCAUUGGGCAGGACCCAUCAUAGAUGCACUUCUAGACUACGUCGGUAAUGUGCAGCUGUGCUCCAGACUCACUGAACAUCUGGACAGCUACGAGGCCUGGGCUUGUAUCAAGGAGAAAUCGAUGCCCCCACGGAGCCUUUUGCAGUUGUGCAGGCUGAAGAUCCGACAACGGGUGGGAGUCCACAGACUGAGGCAGAUCAGCACCUUACCCCUACCGGGGAGACUUGUCAACUUUCUGAACCAUGAGGAGUGA